AUGAUCAACAGGCAUGAGACGCGCAUGCCAAUCCCUGUGCAUCUGUUCUCCGUCCAACACACCCGUGAUGACCUGGGACAUGGGACAGGCGUCCACGGGACGUGGACAGGAGUGGGGCUGAGACCAGAAAAGGGAUGCGGGCUGAAGGGGUCUUUGUCUAUGGCUCGGCUCGCCUGGGGAACUGGUGGGCCCGGCUUUGAAGGCUUCCAGGGCCCAUUCCAGAUAAAACUCGUGGUCCCGGGAGGAAGAAAGGCAGAGCAGGGACAGCACAUGCAGACGGAGGAGCAGGUGGCCUUGGGCCCACCCCGUGGCUCCCACGCUGGGAGUGGGAAGAGCUGGGGCUGGGGGCUGGGGACGAGGCUACAGAGAGGCAGGGCCAACACAGGGGGCUCAUGUCUCGGAAAGGUGUUGUCUGAGCAAGCGCACACCUCAGUCCGUUUUCUGGGCCUGUGGAAGGGCCCCCAGAGGCAGGCCGGUAGCACAGCUCUUGAAGAGCCCUCCAAAUGA